ACCCCAGCCUCUUCCCGAGGUGCCGGGCAAUCUCAGACCCCUCCCCUCUCCACUUCAAGAACCGAGCCUUUCCCAGGACCCAGAGGGCGCCAGGAAUGUGGGGCAGGGAGCAGGGAGGCCAGCUGGAGAGCAAAGGAAGAGACUGAAAGUGGAGAUUGCAAGGAGGCAUGUGAUUCAGUGGUGACUGUGACCAGGAGAUCGCGUGAGGCUAUAGAGCCCAGGCGAGGCAGUGGAAGCAGCAGCGUCAGAAGCAAGUGAUCGAGAGGAGGGCUGGGAACAGUAGGGAAAGUUUGAUACGGUCGAGUUCCUAUCCGCGUUUGAAAACCCUUUGGGAGAGUGGGAACUUCAAGAGUCAUUUCAAGCUCCGUGCCCUCCUCUCCAAGGCGGUCCCCAGGUUCCCCGGAGUCUCUAGGUCUAUACUCCGGGUGACACUGGCACUUUUGCCCAGCAUGGCUCUAAGGCAACCGCACUCCCAGCAAACAGCCCCCUUCUACCGCCGCUGCCCCAGAAACAGCCGGGAGCGGGCCCGGGAAUCAGAGCCGGCUGCCCUUGCGUGACCGGACCCUUCGCCCCCCAUGCCCUGCCUCCCACACGAUGCCGAACUGUCCGCCCUGGUGGCCGCUACUGCUGCUCUCGCUGUGGGAGCCGCUGCUCCGGAGGGCGGAGGCAGGCUCUGAGGGGCAGACGGCGGGAGAGCUGUACCAGCGUUGGGAACGGUACCGCAGGGAGUGCCAGGAGACACUGGAGGCCGCGGCGCCCCCAGCAGGCCUCGCCUGUAACGGGUCCUUUGAUAUGUACGUCUGCUGGGACCACACUGCACCCAAUGCCACUGCCCGUGCGUCCUGCCCCUGGUACCUGCCCUGGAACCGCCACGUGGCUGCAGGCUUUGUCCUCCGCCAUUGUGGCAGUGAUGGUCAAUGGGGACCUUGGAGAGACCAUUCUCAGUGUGAGAACCCAGAGAAGAAUGGGGUUUUUCAGGACCAAAGGCUGAGCUUGGAGCGGCUGCAGGUUGUGUACACCGUGGGCUACUCCCUGUCCCUUGCCACACUGCUGCUCGCCUUGCUCAUCUUGAGUUUCUUCAGGCGGCUGCGCUGCACUCGCAACUACAUCCACAUCAACCUGUUCACGUCUUUCAUGCUGCGGGCAGCAGCCAUCCUCACCCGAGACCGUCUGCUUCCUCCGCCCGGCGCCCACCCUGGGGAUCAGGCUCCUAUCCUGUGGGACCAGGCCCUAGCUGCCUGUCGCACGGCCCAGAUCUUGACCCAGUACUGCGUGGGUGCCAACUACACGUGGCUGCUGGUGGAGGGCAUCUACCUGCACAGCCUCCUGGUGCUUGUGGGAGGCUCCGAGGAGGGCCACUUCCGCUGCUACAUGCUCCUCGGCUGGGGGGCCCCCGCGCUUUUCGUCAUUCCUUGGGUGAUCGUCAGGUACCUGUACGAGAACACGCAGUGCUGGGAGCGGAACGAUAUCAAGGGCAUUUGGUGGAUCAUAAGGACCCCUAUCCUGCUAACCAUCUUGAUUAAUUUUCUCAUCUUUAUCCGCAUCCUUGGCAUCCUCGCGUCAAAGCUGAGGACGCAACAGAUGCGCUGCCCGGACUACCGACUGAGGCUGGCUCGCUCCACGCUGACGCUGGUGCCCCUGCUGGGCGUCCACGAGGUGGUGUUUGCUCCCGUGACUGAGGAACAGGCCCGGGGUGCCCUGCGCUUGGCCAAGCUCAGCUUUGAGAUCUUCCUCAGUUCUUUCCAGGGCUUUCUGGUCAGCGUCCUCUACUGCUUCAUCAACAAGGAGGUAGGGAGAGCUCCGGACCGCCGCCCGCGCCCUCUGCCGGCCGCGCAGGGAAUGGCGCGCCCCGCGCCGCCUCUGAGCGCUGUUCCGUUGCAGGUGCAGUCGGAGAUCCGGCGGGGCUGGCACCGCUGCCGCCUGCGCCACAGACUCGGCGAAGAGCCGUGCCAACCCCCCGAGCGCGCCUUCCGGACCCUGCCCUCGGGUUCCGGCCCCGGCCAGGUCGCCGCCGGCCGCGCUCUGUGCUCGAGGACACUCCCAGGUCCUGGGGGUGAGGCCAGCCAUGUCUUAGAAAGUUACUGCUAGGCAGCGGGACUCUUGGGUCCAUUCAGUUAGCACGUAUUUAUUGAGCGCUUGCUGUGUACCAGGCCUGGUGUGGA